AUGUCUAGUGUUGUCAGUUGUCGUCAGCCGCCAGCGAAUGACAAGAUUAAAAACCUUGCUAAAACAUAGUUUUCUCAGAUAUUACGUACCAGAUCAAAGUUCAUCUGGCAAAGCUGCCUCAUCGCCAUCCAUGUGUGGUGAAAUCACAGCCAGAACAUUAGUCGCGCAUUAUUCGAGGUAGGCAACGGUGUCAUUACUCAACGAAAAUCAUAUUUUGCCUUGAAAUGAAGGUGUCAAGAGGUCUUCGCCUGCUAAAACAGCUACCAAAUGUCCGAAACUCCAGCAGUGGACCCACUAAGCCCCUGAAGAUCGUUACCAAACACUUUGAGGAAAUCAGCAUACCCGUUCCAUGGGGACACAUAUCGGGGAAAUGGUAUGGACCGAAGCACGUGCGACCCAUUGUCGGCAUGCACGGCUGGCAGGAUAAUGCCGGUACCUUCGAUACUUUGGCUCCGCUCCUGCCUUCGCAUCUCUCUUUCCUGAGCAUCGACGCCCCGGGUCAUGGACUCUCCUCUUGGCUGCCGGCUGGUACCUCGUACCACUCCAUCGACCUGGUGCUAAUCACCCGACGACUGAUGGACGACUACAACUGGGACAAGAUCUCCAUACUGGCACACUCGAUGAGUUCCAUCAAUGGAUUUGUUUUCAGUGCUCUGUUUCCCGACAAAGUGGAUUUGUUUGUGGGCCUGGAUGUGCUAAAACCUCCCGUUCGGAGUUCUCGCAGUAUUGUGGAUGCGCUGGCCGAACGACUGGAGUCCACCCUGAAGCUAGAACGACGCCUUAAGAGCGGCUCUGAGCCGCCCGCCUACGAAUGGGAUCAGUUGGUGACCAGGCUGCACGAAGGCUCGAAUAAAUCCGUAUCCCUGGAUGCCUGCAAGUAUCUGUUGCAGCGGAACUGCAGGCCUUCAACACACGAGCCCCACAAGUAUUACUUCUCCCGCGACAACCGACUGAAGUCAUCGCUAUUCUACACUCUGCACCAGGAGGUUCCGAUGGAGAUGGCACGCAGGAUAAAGUGCCCACAUUUGUUCAUCAAGGCCCUGCAGGCUCCUUACUAUGAACGCAAGGAGUACUUCGAUGAAGUGUUGGCAGAACUGCAACAGAAUCCCCUUUUCGAAUUCCACGAAGUUGAAGGAACCCACCACGUCCACCUCAACGAGCCGGAGAAGGUAGCGCCAAUUAUUAAUUCAUUCAUUAACAAGUACCGGCCCUUAUGAGAUCGGCUUAACCUUGACCUGGACAUAUAAAAAGUGUACAAACUUGUUGAUUGAUAGACCAUACUCCUAGUGUUACAUUUCCCCUGACGCAGAUUGAUGAUAUUGACUGGAUAUUAUACACAAAUCAAUCUCAGUAGUAUAAAAUACCCAAACAUAGCUCAUUUAGUUGCUUCUAUUUAAUUUAUUAUGUACAAUCGAUACCGGCAAUAACAUUAAAGUUAAACACUACAAUACAAACUUCAAAAUA